AUGGUAAUCGACGACCGGCCUCUCCACGCUCGCCUGCUCCGCGUCGACUGCCAGCAGCACAAGCCACCAUCCAAAGACGGCCCCAUGCUCGCCGUCCAGCAGGCUCCCAGGAUGGGUUCGACGCAGCCAGAGUCCGACCCCUUGCUGCCCUUUGGCUAUUCCGUUGACCCGGCCCAAGAGCCGCUCUUCGAUGCUCCCGAUCCCGCCCCGGGGGCGCCGCUCCUGUCCGAGUCCGACAGCAAGCUCCUCAGCUCCUUUUUCGAGGACAUGACGGCAAACCAGUAUAACAUGCCGUCCUUUGGAGAAGGGCUCAACUUCAGUGACGCCUGGCUCGACCUUCCGCCCCAGUUCAUGGGCACCGCCACCUCCUACGGGCCUCACGCGACCCCUCCUCUCGACCCCUCAGUCCAACAGUAUCCCGGCGCCAGCAGCAGCGGCCACCCCGACAGAAAUAUAGACCUUCAGAGGAUGAUGUCGGGCUCGCAUCUCAUGCCUCCGCCUCCUCCACCACCCCACCCCCAAUCGUUCCAUCAGCAGCACUCCGACGACGUUCUCAAUGCCGCUGCCACGCUCCUCCAGAACGGCUCCGCCUCCCGUACCAGCGCUCCCAAGAGCAAUGAUUCUCCGCUAUCGCGGCGAUCCGUCGGCUAUCCUGUCGGGCACCUUCGCCACCAGCCCCUUGAAGAGUUUAGGGAAGAGAAUAGAAGAAGCAGCACGGGCACCGAGCACGAUAACACGUUCGCAGAGUGGGGUUAUACGCCCGAGACAGACAAGGACUCGCUGGAGGCAAUGCAGCAGGCACAGCGAAAGUACCUCGAGUGUCUAGAAGUCGGCAAGAGCGCCACCGACCCCCGCCCAAGUAGCCCCACCAACGGCCGCGCCGCUCUCGAUAACCGUGAUAGCUCCAUAUACGUCAAGAGGGAGGAGGAUCCCGCCGCGCCGCCGCGCAAGAGGCGGAAAAGCGAGAACUCAGGCUGGAAGAGGAGGUCGAAAGCGGAAAGAACCGGGUCGUCACCCCCCGCCGAUGCCGCAGCCAACGGUAGGCGACGCAAAUCGACAGCCAACGGGGCCAAACCGCCACGUGAAAAUUUGUCCGAGGAGCAAAAGAGGGAGAACCACAUCCGCAGUGAACAGAAACGCCGCACGCUGAUUAAGGAGGGCUUCGACGACCUGGGCGAGCUGGUUCCGGGGCUCAAGGGGGGUGGCUUCAGCAAAAGCACGACGUUAUCGAUGGCUGCCGAGUGGCUCGAGGAUCUCGUUCGGGGAAACAAGACCCUCUCGGCUCAGUUGGCAGCCCUCGAUGGGAAGUGA